CUUCACUGAACGAAUCAGAGUCGUAAGAGAGAAUCAUCUGUUGCAGUAGUUUAUAAGGAAUAUGGUUUUCCCCUCAGCCCUGGGUAUGCCCAAGAAAGAAUACUCGUGCUUUUACCUUCGCUGACCUGCCAUCAUCUCUUGUACGCUCGACCACCUUUCAUUAUUCAAAGACCACUAUGACUGUCCAAAAUAAGAUAGCAUCUCUCACGGUAGUCGAUUACGAAGCCUUAAUGAAUAAAGAUGGUAACGAGAUCCGGAAGCUUGUUCAAGCCUGCGAAUCUGUGGGCAUGUUCCACCUUAACCUCGGGGAUUCAAGGAUAAAGGCUGUCUACGACGACAUACCGAAUCUCCUCCAGGCCGGCAAAGCUUUCUUCGACCUGCCCCAGGAUUGUGAGGAAAAGAAGCAAAGCAUUCGCGAAGGAAUGGAACGGGGGUAUCACGCAGCCAAGACUUUCGAAUACUACGAGAUCGCCCGGGAUGAGUAUCAACUAGGCAAAUGGACCCUGCCUCCUUCCCUCACACCCCACGAAGAGCGCAUUACACGGACCCUGCAAUCCCUGCACGGGGCCAUUCAGACAGUCCUAGCGGAGCUCUGCGGCGCCAUAAAUGUGAACAUUCCCGAGCUGAGCGAUGAUCCAACGGUUCCCAGCGACACUGCGCUCAAGCUAGUCUUCAAGCCCCCCGUGCAAGAACCUGGUGCGGUGGUCCAGCCGUGGCAUACCGAUUUCGGUCUGAUGACGCUGAUGUGGUAUGAGGAGGUGAGCGCACAGAUCCCAGUGUAUGACGCAGAGGGAAAGCGAACCGAGGCCUGGCAGGCGGUUCCUGUCGUCGAUGGUGCCGUUCUCGUCAAUAUUGCAGAUGAGCUGGAGGCUAAAUCGGGUGGUCGUCUGCGUUCGACGGUGCACCGUGCCGUGACGCCGCCCGGACCUAAGAAGGCGAGGCACGGAAUGGUCUAUCUUCUUCGGCCGCAGAAGGAUUAGGUUAGGUUUAUUAUUAAGUUGCUUAGUUUCUGCAGACGUGGCUUGGCGAUAGGUGAUUGAUUGAUGGCGAGAGGGGGCAAUGAGGGGAGAGCAAACAAGGGUAGAGGCACGAAGCAGAGCAAAACCAGCCGACAUCUACUGAUUAUUAUGAUUGUUAGUUUUAUUCUAUUGCCUAAUUGACGCGACAGUACUUUUCCUCCACCUACAGUGGAAAAAUG